AUGGAAGACGAGGAGCUUGCUGGAUUUUCAGUAGAACCCAAGAGGGACUGUCCGCACGUCAAGACUCAUGUCCACGCCCUGCCGCCCGACUUCGUGGUGGAUGCACUGGCGGCUAUCGCAGCGGCCCUGCUGCAGCGUGGCUGUGCGGACUGCGGGCACGCGGGGGAGAAUUGGCUGUGCCUGGGCUGCUACGGCGUCUUCUGCAGCCGCUACGUCAACGGACACGCCUCGGCUCACCAUGACCAGUCGCACCACGCCAUCAACUGCAGUUUCUCGGAUCUGUCGUUCUGGUGCUACGAGUGCGAGAGCUACAUCACCGCCCCAGAGCUGUGGCCCUUGUUUUCAGGCCUGCACCAGGCCAAGUUCGGCACCGCCCCUUUUGAGGAGCACAAGGUCAUCGGCCAUGCUGCCCUCGAAGGAAUCCAGCUUGUGAUGAUCCCAAGCGAGGAUUCAACCUCCUCGUCGUCAUCUUCGUCGUCGUCAUCAGCGACGACCUCGGAGGCGCACGAUGCGUGGUGGAUUGCCGAGCUGGACAAGUCGGUGCUGGAAAACAAGAAGAUGGAUCGCAUCCUUGGCUGCAUCUAUGGCAACUGUCUGGGCGAUGCCGUUGGCCUGGCCACCGAGUUCAUGAACAAGAAGCAGAUCCAGCGGGUGUAUGGCAACGAGGCCGUGCCUUUCCCCGACUACCAGCUCAAUGCGCACAACAGGCGCUGGCAGCGCGGUGACUGGACUGAUGACAGCGACCAGAUGAUCCUCAUCAUGGAGACGAUUCUCGAGCUCAACGGCUCCUUGGACGAACGCCGCUACGCUGCCAAACUCCUGCGGUGGAUCAACCGUGGCUUCCCUGAGCUGGGCGACGUUUCGGGCAUGGGUCUAGGCGCCACCACAGCGCAGGUGGUGCACCACCCCGAGUUUCUGCAAAACCCGCACGCCGCUGCCGAGGCCGCGUGGGUCAGGCUCAACCGCAACGCCGCGCCCAACGGGGCGGUCAUGCGCACGUCGAUCCUGGGCGUGCUCGACCACGACGACCUGGACCGGGUCGUCGCCAACACCGUGCGCAUCGCCAAGGUGACCCACUUCGACUCGCGGUGCCUGGCCAGCAGCGUGGCGGCCACCACCGCCAUCGCCCUGAUGCUGCAGGGCGCUCACGACGUCGAGUCCGAUGAGGGCCUCCAGCAGGUCAUCGACAAGGCCGUGGCGCACGGGCUCAAGGUACUGGAGCCGCAGUACGCGGAAGAGUUCAAGCAGCACAUGAAGAGGGACGCCUCGGUGGCGAGCCUGCACAGCCUCGAGCUGGACGACGCGUCGAAGAUCGGCUACACCUUCAAGUGCGUCGGCUCCGGCUUUUGGGGCCUGUGCGCGUCGAACGACUUCAAGCACAUGAUCAAUCUGCUCGUCCGCGAGGGCGGUGAUGCCGAUACAAAUGGCGCAGUGUGCGGCGCGUUGUGGGGAGCGCGCUACGGUUACUCGGCCCUGCCGAGGGACUGGCUGGCGGCGAUGCCCAACAAGGCGUGGCUCGACCGCAAGGUGGUGCGCUUCCUCAACCUGCUCGGCCUCACCGACGUCACCCAGACCGUGAUCGAGAAGUCGUUCGAGGAGCUGGCCGAGGAGGUCGACACCGACGACGAGGAGCCAGCCACGCAAUCCAGAAAGAAGAAGGGCAAGACCAUCGACAAGCGUCCUCGACACUAG